AUGGCCCCUGUAGCUCAAGUUCUCUCGUCAGAAAGCAAUGGAAACGCCACUGUUGGCGCUCUCGGCAGGAGGAAAGAUGGCAAGCCUUUGAAGGUCCGCUCAUAUCCUAAAUUCGAUACUCUGGAAGAAGAGCGACAGUACAGGAAACAACAUCUAGCUGCUGCAUAUCGUGUAUUUGGUGAACGAGGCUUUGACGAAGGCGUAGCUGGCCAUAUCUCCGUUCGAGACCCAAUACUUCGGGACCAUUUUUGGCUCAACCCGUUGUCGAUUCAUUUCAGCCAGAUCUCUGUCUCGGAUCUCAUCCUAGUGGACGAAGAAGGCACCGUAGUCAUUGGCGACGAACCCAUCAACGCGGCCGCUUUUGCCAUCCACAGCGAGAUCCACAAGGCUCGACCAGAUGUCGAUGCUGCUUGCCAUGCUCACUCUGUGUAUGGUAAAGCGUGGAGUGUCUUUGGCAAGGAACUGGAUAUGAUGACCCAGGAUAGUCUACGGUUCUGGAAGGAUCAUGCGGUGUAUACGCAAUUCAAUGGGAUUGUGCUUGAUAGGGAGGAAGGGAGGAGGAUUGCUGAGUGUCUUGGUGGUGGUAAGGCUGUGAUUUUACAGAACCAUGGGUUGAUUACUGUCGGUCAAACGAUAGAUGCCGCGGCCUUUUGGUUCCUCAGUCUCGAUAAGACGUGUCAAGCGCAAUUGCUCGUCGAAGCGGCGUCCGGUGGUAGUGGGAUCAAGAGGACCAUCAUUCCCGAGGAGGAAGCAAAGUUCAGUUACCAGCAGGCCGGCACUCCUGAGAAGGGCUGGUUGGCGUUCCAGCCAUACUAUGAUGAUAUUCUUGCGAAGACGAAUGGUAGCUUUCUGAAGUAG